UUUUGACUUCAACAGUUACCAACAUGUAGCAAUUAAUUUCCCCAUGAUUUAUUCAACCAACUGUCUCUGUUAAUUUUGUCCUACUUUAAUUACAAGUGGCGCCACUUAUAACUUGAAAAGUUGUUAUUCGGUCAUCGGUUCAAUCUGUAACAAAAUAGUGAACAGCAAUCGCAAGAUAAAUAUUUUCCGUCGACAGAAUCAACUUUUUCUUUCUCUUCCUCAUCUAUUUAGACACUUUACUCAACUUUAUCUCACCAUCAUUCUCUUGAUCCAUCUCCAGAAUUUUCAUUUCAUUUCAACAUCGACCUAGUCAGAUCAUUGUUGUCUCUCACCUUUUUUCGUACAUUUGUACAAAGUUACUAUUUUGGUUAAUAUUUUAAAAUGAUUUUCAAAUUGUUGACCAUCUCAUCUCUCUGUCUUCUGGCAAUUGCCUAUCCUUCUGGUGCUCCUGAAGGUUCCUGUGAUCUUCGUAUUCCUGGUCAUAUGGUUGAACCACAAACAUCACCGGCACCAUUUAAGGUUGAAGCAGUCUCGUUAGGCGGAGGAAAGUACAAAAUUACCAUAAAAUCAACCGAUUCAAAUGACUUCAAAGGUUUCUUAUUAGCUGUUGUUGAUUCCGCUGGAAAAUAUAUCGGAAAUUUUGGCUCUUCCACCAACUCGAAAACAUUAACCUGUCCUAAAGGAAAUGCUCUUACUCAUAUUGACAAUGUCGGUAAAAAGAAGGUGGAAAUUGAAUGGACCAAACCAGCUUCAGCCACAGGAUCGAUUGACUUAAUGGCAACAAUUGUUCGAGACUAUUCAACGUUCUGGACUAAUGCUAAGACAACCAUUACCCUUGCAUGAUGACCCUCUUCAAUGAGAUCAAUUACAAUGCAUGUAAUUGAUAGUCAUUUUUAGUAAACAAAAAAGGUCACAAUAUAUUAACACUAUUAAAAAUGAUUUUCAUUGCGAGGUGGCCAUUAAGAAAAGGUAAAAACGUCAAAUAAACAAUGAAAAUUAACAAAUUGUAAUUGUUAAGUUGAGAAGUAAAAAAUUUAAACAAAUUCCCAUUCAAGUUCACAAUAUCAGAUUCACUUUUUUGCUGUUCAACAAUGAAAAUAAAGAAACUUGACCUCUCUCA